AUGAACAAUAUCAACAGCAACAUGCACAACCCGGCGCAGGGCUCGCAACUCCACCGGAAUGGGCUUCCGCCCGGACAAUUGAACUCACAGAACUUGGGUUCGGUGAUGACACUGCAAGAAUCGAUGAACCUGGCGCUUGCGGGCGCGAGCCAUGGGGGCUCUGUGCAUCCGACCAUGUCGUCCGCGUACCGUAAUCAUCAGUAUCAGACGUCUCUCCACGAUGAUCCUAGUUCUACGGCGAUGAACUUGUCGCUUAGUAAUUCUCAUCUCACGGAUCGAAACCUUAGCAGUAACCUGUUGAACACCAUGAGCAACGCCUCCGCAGUGCAGAUGCAGCUGCUACAGAGACCCAUGUAUAGCGGGCAGUAUAUGAAUGGGCAGGCUCCGAAUGGUGCACUCCAGAACAUGCCCGUCCAGAACAAUGGACAGGUGCAAAACGUGCAAAACGUGCAAAACGUGUCGGGAAUGCAGAAUGUCCAGAAUGUGGCUCCUGUUCGUGGUGUUGCCGUCAACGGCGGCGUUCUGAAUGUGUCCAUGGGCUUCGCCAACGGCUCCCACCACGGGCCGCUUGACCGCACCGACAAUGGUGCUAUGGACAACAAUGAUAGAUCCAAGAUGCAGUUCAACAGCUCGAACAGCUCGAACGCAUCGCAUGCCUCCAACAACGGCAACAACGUGUCCAACGGUAGUCAGAGCCACAACAACCCGCUGUUUCUGAAUCCGUUCUACGGGAACUCCUACCCGAUGACCAACCCUCCACUUUUCGACUCGACCAUGCUCCUCCCCUUUGGCGAUGGAUCCGGGCCAAACAGACGCCGCCGUAUCUCUAUUUCUAACGGUCAGAUUGGCCAAAUCGUCAACCACGAAGCGUUCUUCUUGGACGAAGACUCCAUGGAAGAGUUCUACGAACACAGUCGCCAAAUCAGACCCCAUUCGCCAAACACGCCAGUUGCACCUCCUCCAGCAGCCGUGCAAGACGACACCGCCACACGCUUUGCACGGAACACCAGAUCGGUGAUGCCCGUUGGCGCUUCUCGCCAGGACAACCCGAUGGGGUUCAACGACCUUAAUGAGCAGGCUCAGAUAGUUUCCUCGGCCUUAGACGCCCCAAAACCCGAAUACUCGUCGCAGCCACAGCUGCUGACAAACCUGGCCCCUGGCAGCGCCCACUUAGGAUUGGACGCCUCACGCGCCACUCCCGCUUCCGAGAAUAGUGGCGUGGCUGGUGUUCCGCCUGGUAACUACUCGUUGAUUUACAACAACGAAGUCAUUUUCAACCCCAACAACGGCCCAAUUCCUGGAACUGCGGCAUGGAAAAAGGAGCGCUUGCUCGAGAGAAAUAGAGUGGCUGCAUCCAAAUGUCGCCAGAGAAAGAAGCACGCUCAACAACAGUUGCAGGACAACAUGAACAAGGUAGAGAAACAGGUAAAAGAGAAGGAGGCUCUACUCGACAGAUACAGUAGUCUAUUUGACAUGUACAACACGGCAUUGCGGCGCCAUUUCAAUGGUGAGGAAGGCGUACUUGACUCCUUGCGUCAAUACAUAGACAACCCAAUUCUGGAUUUUUCUGCGGAUACCUCUGCUAUUUCAAGUUAA